AUGGCGGAACCCGCAGCCGAGGCCGACGAGCGGUCGCAGAAACGGAGCCACGCCGAGUUUGCCGAGCAAGAUGGAUCGGACUCGUCGGAUGACGACAUGGGCCCGCAGCUGCCCUCGACCGAAGCCCCCAAGAAGAAGCGCCGCGUGCUGCCGUACGAGAAGCUCUACGUGGCCGCCAUGCCCUCGUCCACGCGCUACUCGCGGUCGCUGAUGCACAAGGAGCAGCUGCUCUUCGUCACGUGGACACCGCUGACCGACUUCCUCAUCACCGCGUCGGCCGACGGCGUCGUCAAGUUUUGGAAGAAGAUUGCCCAGGGCAUCGAGUUUGUCAAGCAGUUCCAGGCGCACAACGGCGACAUCAGGUCCGUCUCCGUCAGCCAGGACGGCACCAGCUUCGCCACCGCCGGCGCCGACGACACCAUCAAGGUCUUCGACGUCGUUACCUUUGACCUGCUGUCCAUGAUCUCGCCCGGCUUCGCGCCCAAGUGCCUGUGCUGGGUCCACCGCAAGGGCGCCUCGCUGCCACUGCUGGCCGUGUCCGACGAGGCGGGGCCGCUGAUUCGCAUCUACGACGGCCGCGGCGAGAGCGAGGAGCCCAUACACACCAUCAAGGGCCUGCACCGGAGCCCCGUGCACCUCAUGGCCUUCAACGACGCCUUUGACUGCGUCGUAUCGGCCGACGAGAACGGCAUGGUCGAGUACUGGCGGCCGAGCGGCAGCUAUGAGAAGCCCGACAACGUCUUCGAGUACAAGAGCGCCACCAACCUGUUUGACUUUCGCAAGGCCAAGAGCGUGCCGUCGUGCCUCGCCCUGUCGCCCAGCGGCAACAGCCUGGCGACGCUGUCGCUGCCGGACCGCAAGAUCCGCCUCUUCGACUUUGCCACGGCCAAGCUGCAGCGCACCUACGACGAGUCGCUCCAGGCCAUCGAGGAGAUGCAGCAGGCCGGAGCAGCGUCGCAGAAGUUCGACCACGUCGAGUUUGGGCGACGGCUCGCGCAAGAAAAGGAGCUCGAGUCGCCGUUGCUGCGGUCCAAGUGCAACAUCGUCUUUGACGAGUCGGGCCACUUUAUCCUCUACGGCUCCAUGCUCGGCAUCAAGGCCCUCAACACGUACACGAACCGGGUCCUCAAGGUCUACGGCGGCGACGAGGGCUUCCGCGCCGUCCACCUGGCCUUGUACCAGGGCCAGCCGCAGAAAAAGGGCGUCGUGUCGGUGGAGAUGGGCGCGUCCAGCAACCCGCUGCUGCAGGAGUCGGAGGCCCGGGACCCGAUCCUGGUGGCGACGGGGGUGGGCAAGGUGCGCUUCUACAUGUUUACCAGCAACGAGGACAUUUCCAAGUCGACGCGCGACGUGCAGAACGAGAGGCCGACGGGCCCGGGCCACAAGAAAGAGGCCAAGGUCCGGCAAAAGGAGACGGCCGACGGCGCGGUGCUGCACACGACGUACGGCGACAUCCACGUCCGGCUGUUCCCCGACGCAGCGCCCAAGGCGGUCGAGAACUUUGUGACGCACGCCAAGAGUGGCUACUACAACAACACCAUCUUCCACCGCGUGAUCCGCAAGUUCAUGAUCCAAGGAGGCGACCCGCUGGGCGACGGGACGGGCGGGGAGAGCAUCUGGGGGCGCGAGUUUGAGGACGAGUUUAGCAGCCUCAAGCACGACAAGCCGUACACGCUGAGCAUGGCCAACGCGGGGCCCAACACCAACGGGAGCCAGUUUUUCAUCACGACAGAGAAGACGCCGUGGCUGGACGGAAAACAUACGAUAUUUGGGCGGGCGACGCAAGGGUUCGAGGUGAUACAAAAGAUCGAGGGUGUGCGGACGUACAAGGAGAAGCCCGAGGAGGACAUUAAAAUCGUCAGCAUUGACGUUGCGUGA